AUGGCUACAGGAGAGAGAGAAAGUACGUUGGAAGAAGCCUUCAAGGAGGCGUGCGCCACGGUGUGGGAGCAGCGCCUCAGCACCCAGUACGACGCCGUCCGGAUGCAGCUGUACGGGCUGUACAAGGUCGCCAAGGAGGGGAAGUGUCAGGAGCCCAAGCCCAAGCCCGACACGGUCCUGGGGGGCGAAAAGAACAGAUCGAAGUGGAUGGCCUGGAUGAAGGCCAGCACCUUCUCGAAGGAGGAGGCGAUGGCUCGCUACGUCUCGGUGGCGUUAUCGGUCGUCAAGAGCAGAGGCGACGCCGCCGAAGGGUUUUCCACUGGAGGCGUUGCACGGGUUUCCGGUGGCGGCGAUGGAGGCGUCAGCGUGGGGGCGUCGGGGGCGAGUGGCGGGGGGGGAGGGGGCGGCGCGGCGGCGGGGGGAGCAGACGGGAGGAAGACGUCGGCGGUUUGGGGGAGAGAGGCUGCCGAUGCACAAGAGAUGGCGAGGCUCAGGGAGCACACGGAGUCAUUAGAACGAUAUGUCGUGAUGAUCCGCGACGAGCUGACGGACCUGAAUGACGUCGACGUGAGCAUGUCGGGAUGGCUCUUCAAGUGGAGGGACCGAGACGCGUACCUGUGGGGAUCCGUCAAGUGGGUGCCCCGGUUCUUCACACUUUCCGACGGCAAGCUUAGCACGUACAAGUCGGACCAGUGCGCCGAGGCUGAGUCGGUCAUGAGCCUCAAGCGGUGCGUGUUGCGAGACGAGGGCACGAGGAUCGGGAAGGCGCCGGGUCGCGGAAAGCCUCGUCCCGAGUACCAUGUAUUCGGACUCUACCUGGAGGGGGCGAUGCAGAGGGGGCCCGAUGCGGGGGUGCUGCUUCGCCUGAGCACCGACAAGGAGGAUGUGGCGGAAAAGUGGAUCUCCUCCUUAGGGGAGGUCUGUGCCCAGGAGGAAGACCACAGCUCUCCCGCCUCUUCUCCCUGCGCGUCGGAGGCUGACCAAUCAGAGGCCACGCCGUCGUCGUCGGCGUGCUCGUCGCCGGUGGUGACGGCGUCCAUGCCUCCUGCGCCCCCGCCCGCAGACGGGUUAGACUCGGCGCCGCGCAUGAGCCGGAUAUCGUCGGUGGGGAUGUCUCGGAAGGGCAGCUGGGAUGUGGCCGGGGGGCUUCAGAACCUGAAGAGGUUGACCCAGGAGGUGAGCAUCGGGCGGCUAGACGGAGACGACCCCCUUGAUCGCAGCGUGAGGGUCUCCGACCAAGGGGUAGCGAGGGACGAGCAGGACAAGCGGAAGACGAUGGUCAAGGCGAAGAAGAAGAAGAAGAAGUUCGAGCCGACGGGGUACCCGGCGAGCCGCCCGAUGCACAAGGAGGCCAAGAUGAGCAUUUUGAGCGCCGGCGCGUCCUCGACCCAGAACUACCGCGGCCUGCUGAACCUCAUGGCCAUUUUUUUUUUGGUGACCAACUCCCGCCUCAUUUUCGCGAACCUUCGGCGAUACGGUGUGUUGGCGACCGUCCCGAAGCUCAACGAGCCGAGCGACCUGCUGGACGCCCCUCGCAUCGCCGGCACGCUGUCGCUGGUAAGCAGUCAGCACCACCAUCCUUCAAUCGUUCCGGUUGCUGCGUAG